AGCACCACGAUGAUGGAGAUGGGUGCGCCGGCCGCGUAAUCGGAAUUGAGGUGUAGUCGGUCGGGAGGAGGUAUCGGUAAAGGAUCCGUGGAUCAACGAAUCUCGAGCGGAGAAACAGCCUUGGAGGUUGCAGGUCGCUGGCUACAAAGAAGUGGGCAUGAGAUGGAUGGUGCGAGGUUCUGCGGACCUGGACGCAGUGAUUUCUGGUAUAGGUUCGCUCUGUUGCGUGAUGCAAGUUUGCAAGCGUGUCGCUCUGAGGUUGGGCAGUCGAGGGACGCUCGUCAGUGAAGAGGAGUGGAGGGACAGUGCAGUUGUUUGGCUGGACCUCUGCCCCAGGUUCAUCAGGGGCUUCAGCAGUGGAGGCCCGAGUAGGCGGACCCAGCUCUGUCACGGCGGCCAUGAUUACCGAUAUUACCAAGUCCUUACAGGAGGUACUCGUAAAUGCCGACCUACCUUCUUGACUAUAUUUCCUGUUAGUUUUCUAUGCAAUAGUCUCUUUUUCUGCAGGGGCACAUCAAUCAUGUGGGGUGUAAAACCAUACACAAAGCAGCAUUUCUCCUGAAUUGGAGGCGAAGGAUAAGAAAGUGGUGAAGACCUUAUGUACACGACCGGUAUCCAUACCCGAUACGGGAACUGGGACUCGGUAGACUACAUGGCCCAGCUCCGACGGAACAUGCAGCUCCCGGAACCUGCCUUGGCGUGUUGGGCGAGCUACCGCGCUCCAGGGUACGGAGGA